GCUCGCUCCCUCCUUCCCUCCCUCCCUCCCUGCCUCCGGCGCUCUACUCCGCGCCCUCCCGCCAGCCCGCCUCGCACGCACCGGCCUCGGCUCUUGCUCCCCGCUCCCGCCGCCUAGCGAAGCCGCGCUGGGCUCGGAGCUGCUGCUCAUGGAGAAAGUGCCAGGCGACAUGGAGAGAGAGCGCAGGGAGCGGAGCGAGGAGCUGUCCGAGGCGGAGAGGAAGGCGGUGCAGGCUACGUGGGCCCGGCUGUAUGUCAACUGCGAGGACGUGGGGGUGGCCAUCCUGGUGAGGUUCUUCGUGAACUUCCCAUCAGCCAAGCAGUACUUCAGCCAGUUUAGGCACAUGGAGGACCCCUUGGAGAUGGAGAGGAGUCCCCAGCUGCGGAAACACGCCUGCCGGGUCAUGGGGGCCCUCAACACCGUCGUGGAGAACCUGCAUGACCCAGACAAGGUGUCCUCUGUGCUCGCCCUGGUCGGCAAAGCCCACGCCCUCAAGCACAAGGUGGAGCCUGUGUACUUCAAGAUUCUCUCUGGGGUCAUUCUGGAGGUGAUCGCCGAGGAGUUUGCCAAUGACUUCCCUCCUGAGACGCAGAAAGCCUGGGCCAAGCUGCGUGGUCUCAUCUACAGCCAUGUGACCGCCGCCUACAAGGAAGUGGGCUGGGUACAGCAGGUCCCCAACACUGCCACUCCCUCGACCACACCACCCUCUUCGGGGCCAUAGGACUCCUCCCGGCUCCCCCGUCCCUGGCAGCACUUUGGGCAGAAGGCUGAAUUCUGAAGACACUCCUUGACCUUCCAUUCCUGGGUGCCAAGGAAGCUGGAGGAAUCCCGACUCAACUCCCCGAAAGGAGGCUUUCCUCACGGCCCUGGCCCCCCCAGGCUGCUGGGAAGGGUGGGGCUGGCUACCUUGAUGCUGAACCUGGCAGGGGGGGACCCCUCUGCCUCUCAGUAGGGGGUGCCCAUGUCUUAGCUUUUCUACUUACUGUUAGAGAGGGGCCUAGCAAGGGAAGCCAGGACAAGCCCGUGAGUCACUUGGGAAAGGAACUAGGCCUGCCUCAUUCUGCCCACCAGCAUGCGGGUUCACGUCACAUCCCUAGAGUAUCACGCACACACGUCUACCAUAUAUACAGAUAUAUUCUAUAUACGAUCUCUAUAUAAAUAUAUAUAAAUAUAUACAUACUUAUCUAUCGCGUGUACCUGCAGGCCCAGAAGCCUCAGACCCGCCCGGCUGUGGGAGGCCAGGAGGAGUCCUGGGCACGCUUGCUCCUGGGGGGCUCUCGGGAAGCCAGGGAGAAAUCCUGCAACAGCACCAGAGGAUGGGGCCAGGCAGCAGAGUUGGGGUGACUCGGCUUGUCCCUAUAACUAAGUGCUCUGCACUCCUGCCCCUCUGGAAAAAAUAGAGAGAAAGAAAGAAAAAGGAAAACAGAAAAAAUCUGGUUUGCCAGGUGUAGUGGCAGGAACCUGCAAUCCCAGAGCUUGGGAGGCCCCAGGGUGUGGAAUCAUUGCAAAUUUGAGGUCAGGUGGCCUCUACCUGGUCUCGAUGAUGGUGAGCUUCAGGCUAGCCUGAGCUACACAGGGAGACCCUGUCUCAAACAGAACAAAAUAAUAUCUGACUCCUCUCCCCUUCCCAAGGGUCUGGCUGACUGACUUGCCCUAAAAAAGGACAUGGACCAGGGCACACCAAGAGCUCAGAAGACCCCAGUGGGGUGGCAGCCAGUGUGUGUGUGUGUGUGUAUGGGUGGGGGCAGUCUGAGUGAAGGACCCAGGAAUGUCCACAUCACCGGCUCACUUCAGCCGGGCCGCAGGAACGGGGAUGCCAUCCUCAGUGGACACCCAGGGCCUCUCCCUCCUGGCCUACUCCAGGCCACCAGGCCAUCCUCCCCACCUAGUCUCCUAGGAUAACACUGCUGGGGACCCCGAGGGUCCCCCUGGUCACAUUACUGUCCUGGAGGAUGUCUUGCUGCCGUGGCUACCGUGCCUGCAUUCCUUCCUGUCUGUUCUCACGCAGCCUUCCUGUGACCGCCUGUCUUUUUUUGUAGUUUCUGAUGUUUGUAACCAGACCCAGCUGUGUCAUUAAACAGGUCCAUUCUUCCUG